GGCAACUAACUGGAAGUGGAAUGAGUUAAGAAACAAUUACUUUUCCCAACACAGUCUGCUAAGAUAUGUAGGCAAGACAUUAGUAUAUACUAUGAUGGAAGUUUUACCUGUUUGCUGGAAAAUGUCUGAAUGCUGUGCUAUUCCAAACAAUCACAGGUAUUCUUAUUCUACGCCAAUCCACUCCUGAGAAAGUUUUGGAGAUUAUUACUACUACAGCUGUGUUGUAUGCUGUGUGUUGCAGUGGUAAUAAAACAUUUUUCCCAUUCUUGUUCUUUUUUUCUUUUUACUCCAAUGCUAUGAUGUAAUGAAAAGUGGGGAAUUAUUUGAAGCCUGUGUAUCAGGAUGAUAUCUGAAGAAGCAUCAUUAUCUGCCCUUGAUCUUUGGCAGCCUUGUUUGUCAACCAGAAACGAAAUAGAGAUAAAGCAUCCCAAAUGCCAGUUCUGAAAAUACAAAGAAAUCAGAUGCACACAACUCUUUCAUACAAAAACUUGAAGAAAAACACCCCUAGGGAGCAUUGUUCAUUAUUUUUAUUUUAACAUGUGUGUAAGAAAUGACUGAUAGCAAAAAACUCUGGGAGAGAGGCUCAUAUAUCCCUGCUUCUUUGGAGUUACUUAACAUAAAUUAUGACAUUAUACAGAAAAGCUGCAAGAGCAAUGCUUUGCAUAACCACUUAUAUAAUUCAUGUGAUUCUUUUGCAAAGAAAGACAAAUGUUUAGAAACUGGAAUUCCUUCUUCACUGGAAAAAGCCAUGUAUGCUGAAAUUCAGUUAAAAAUGGAUGGAUCUCAAGUAGAGUUGAAGCCACUAAGAAGCCAGUCCUCAGUAAAUAAAAGUGAAACGAAGAGCGCUGAUUUCAAUUACGUUAAAGAGACAAACAUCUCAAAAGGUUUGUGUACUUUGCACAACAACUUAAUUUGGAAUGACUGCUUACAGCCAGUAAAGACUUGUAAUGACUGCACCCAUGAUUCCACAGUAUGCACUUGUAAAUUAAUGGAACUACCAACUACCUGUGGGGAUAAAACUGGACAACAGUUGUGCGAUUCCUAUGACACUUCAGUGGAUAACUAUUUGUGUUUGGAAAGAGCAACCCAAAAACUCAAUGUGGCAUGCUUAGGCCACAGUACUUUCCCAGGUGGUAAUUUUACUGGAAGAAUGCCUUCAAAGCCCAUUCUGAGCCAUUUUGAAAACUGUAGUGGAAGCUAUGGAGAAGAGAUGGAGGAAGAUCUUUCUCGAAGUAAAAAAGAGCGCUCCACCUUAUUAUUCAGAAGGUUUUGCAAGAAUGACAAGGAGGUUAAAAAAUCAGUCUAUACUGGGACAAGAGCAAUUGUUAGGACUUUACCUUCUGGGCACAUAGGAGAUGUUGCAUGGAAUUGUGUUGACCGGUGGAGAACACACAACGAGCUAAAGCACUGUAGGAUUAUAUCAGAACAAUUAACACUUCAAGUUUCAAUAAGCCAUGAAUUAAGUUCCUACCUUCUGCAAACUAUAUGGCAUGGGAUCUUCAAGUCAGCAAAAGGAGCAGAAGAUUCUUUUGAAUAUUUCCCCCACCCUCUGAGGGAACCACUAGCACUAUACCAACAUGCAGAUUGCUGGUGCAAUGGCAACAACUCUUGCAUGAAACCAUCUACUCAAAGAGCUCCUAAAUACCGUGCUACUUUACGCAGGACCUCCCUUUCAAAUUUUAUCAGUGGUGCUUUACUAGAAGCAACAACAUCGUUAGGAGCAAGAAGUGGUACAUUAAAUAUCUUAGGAGGAUCAACUGGAAAGACCAUGCUAAAAGAACGACAAUUGAGUUCAUCUAUGGCUGGAUCAAAUGCCCUUACUUCCACUGUAGCUGGUAUCAGUAAAGAGCUUGUAGAACUUCAGCAUCUCAUUCAGUUUCCAGAAGAGAUUGCUAGUAUUCUGACUGAGCAGGAACAGGAUCUCUACAGAAAAGUAUUGCCCAUUGACUACCUCUGCUUCUUAACCAGAGAUUUGGGAAAUGCUGAAUGCCAGAGCAAACUUUCAACUAUUAAAGCUUCAAUUUCAGCAACUUUUCUUUCUGCUCCAAAUGGAGAAUGCAGUGCUGUUGAAGAUCUGGUGACAAGAUUCAAUGAGGUGAGCUCUUGGGUGACGUGGCUGAUUCUGACUGCAGGUUCUAUGGAGGAAAAGCGAGAAGUCUUCUCCUAUGUGGUACAUGUGGCAAAAUGCUGCUGGAACAUGGGCAACUACAAUGCUGUUAUGGAGUUCUUGGCAGGACUCAGGUCAAGAAAAGUUUUAAAAAUGUGGCAAUUCAUGGACCAGUCUGAUAUUGAAAUGAUGCGAAGCUUGAAAGAUGCUAUGGCACAGCAUGAAUCAUCAUCUGAAUAUAGAAAAGUUGUCAACCGAGCUCUGAAUAUCCCAGGCUGUAAAGUUGUUCCUUUCUGUGGUGUAUUUUUAAAAGAACUCUGCGAAGUUUUGGAUGGGGCUGCAAGCCUCAUCAGACUUUGUCCUCAGUAUAACUCUCAGGAUGAAACACUGGAGUUUGUUGCAGAAUACAAUGGGCAAGAUAACUAUUUACAACGGAUAGGUCAAGAUGGCCUACAUAAUACGGAAAAAGAAUCAACGGCUAACUACAUUUUUCAGACUAUUCGCAGCUGUAAUCGCAGCUUGGAAUCAGAAGAUGGAGAAGAUAAUUUUAUUGAAUAUGAAGGUGGAAAUUCCAGAAGAAAUUCUUUGAAGGACAAAAACCAUUAUCCGUUUAUACCUGGAGAGCUGUCAGAUUCUGAAAAUGACAUAUUUGAGCAAUCUAAAGAAUGGGCUACACAGGCAGAUGAGGAGCAGCAGAAAGCUUUCAGUCAUGGAAUAGAGCUCAUUCCCUGGUAUGUGCUGUCAAUCAGAGCUGAUGUCCAUCAGUUCAUGCUGCAAGGUGCAACAGUCAUUCAUUAUGACCAAGAGACACACUUUUCAGCACGCUGUUUCCUUCAGCUUCAGCCUGACAAUAGUACAUUGACAUGGAUGAAACCCACCACUGUUUGUUCUGCAAGUUCUAAAAUGAAACUGAGCAUGCCGGGCAGCACUACUGAACUUGCGAAAUUUCAAUUUCUUGGCAAUACUGGAUUAAAUGGUUUGGUGGAGGGUUGCUUAGAUCUGUUCUCAGCAAAGGCUGUAUAUAUGGGACACUCUGGCAUUGAUAUGCAUGCUGUAUGCGUUCAGAAUAAACUUUGCAAUAUGUCUCUUGAAGAGAAUGGUAUAACACUAUUGUAUGGACUUCAAACUACUGAAAAUAAGUUGCUGCACUUUGUGGCUCCAAAAUAUACCGCAAGAAUGCUAUUUGAUGGAUUGCUGGAAUUAAUGAAUGCUGUAAGAAAGAUGAAGAAAUUCCCUGAUCAGAGGCUGCAGUGGCUGCGAAAACAGUACGUCAGUCUGUAUCAGGAGGAUGGACGGUAUGAAGGCCCAACCUUGGCUCAAGCUGUUGAACUGUUUGGAGGGAGGCGUUGGAGUACAAGAAAUACAAGCCCAGGAAACCUGACAAAAAGUGCAGAGAAGCCAGGUGUGCAGAGAAACAACACUCUGGGAAUCAGCACAGCUAAGAAAAAGAAGAAAGUUCUCAUGAGGGGUGAAAGUGGAGAUGGUACUGAUGAUGAAAUGGCAACUCGAAAAGCAAGACCUUUUAAGGAAAACCGGAGUAGAAGUGGUUCAGACCCUCAAGAUAUUGAUGAGCAAGAAGAAAUAGAACCGAGUCUUCUGGUUACUUUUCCUGGUACCAAUACCCUGCCUUCCAGAAGAACACAAUCCCUAACUACCUCAGUACCACCUAGUGUAACACCUGGGGUCUCUUCACCUGUCAGACCAGUAUCUUCUCCUGUAAUGUCAUCAUCAAUAAAAAGUCAAUCUAGCACAUGGAGUAGCAGUAGCUGGCAUGGAAGAGUUAAAGGGGGAUUGAAAGGCUUCCAAACCUGCAUGGUUUCUGACAGCACCAUGAGUUUUGUUGAAUUUGUAGAGCUCUUCAAGUCUUUCAGUGUUCGAAGCCGCAAGGAUUUGAAGGAACUUUUUGAUGUAUAUGCUGUACCCUGCAAUCGAUUGGGUUCUGAAUCUGCUCCGCUAUAUACCUCUCUUAAGAUUGAUGAGAAUACGAAUGGACUACAGCCUGAUUUAGAUUUACUAACUAGGAACAUAUCAGAUUUGGGUUUGUUCAUUAAGAGCAGGCAGCAGCUAUCGGACAACCAGAGACAAAUAUCUGAUGCUAUUGCUGCCGCAAGCAUUGUUACUAAUGGCACUGGAGUAGAGAGCACAUCUCUGGGGAUAUUUGGAGUGGGCAUCCAGCAACUCAAUGACUUCUUAGUAAAUUGCCAAGGAGAACAUUAUACGUACGAUGAAAUCCUCAGUAUUAUUCAGAAGUUUGAACCCAGCGUCAAUAUGUGCCAGCAGGGAUUAAUGUCAUUUGAAGGAUUUGCACGGUUUUUGAUGGAUAAAGAUAAUUUUGCUUCAAUGAACAAUGAGUCACAAGAAAACAUAGAAGAUCUGCAUUUCCCACUGUCAUAUUAUUACAUUGAGUCUUCACACAAUACUUACCUCACAGGACAUCAGCUUAAAGGAGAAUCCUCAGUAGAACUUUACAGCCAGGUUCUAUUACAAGGCUGUAGAAGCGUGGAAUUAGACUGCUGGGAUGGUGAUGAUGGAAUGCCUGUCAUUUAUCAUGGGCAUACGCUCACAACUAAGAUUCCUUUUAAGGAAGUAGUCGAAGCUAUUGAUCGCAAUGCCUUUAUCACCUCAGACAUGCCAAUCAUCAUAUCUAUUGAGAACCACUGUUCCUUACCCCAGCAACGAAAGAUGUCUGACAUUUUCAAGAAUACAUUUGGAGAAAAACUGGUAACUAAAUUUUUAUUUGAGAGUGACUUUUCUGAUGACCCAAUGCUACCUUCUCCCCAUCAACUGAGAAGAAAGGUUUUGCUUAAAAACAAAAAGCUCAAAGCUCACCAAACUCCAGUAGAUAUAUUAAAACAGAAGGCUCAUCAGCUGGCGUACAUGCAAGCUCAGGCAAGCAAUGGUGGUAAUGUGGCGAACCUCUCCACUACUAAUGAAGAAGAGGAGGAUGAAGAAGAUGAAUAUGACUAUGACUAUGAGUCUCUGUCUGAUGCUGAUGUCCUUAAUGCUUCUCCUGCUCCUAACAGCCAGGAAGAUAACAUUCUGGAAGACAGACCAGAGAAUAAGUUAACCGUCGAUAAGCUUCAAUUUGAAUACAGUGAAGAAACUGCCAAAAGAAUAAAGAAGACGGAUAGCGCUGCAUACAACAGUAAAGGAAAGGUUUAUGACAUGGAACUAGGUGAAGAAUUUUACCUUUCUCAAAAUAAAAAAGAAAGUCGACAAAUAGCACCAGAAUUGUCAGAUCUUGUCAUCUACUGUCAAGCUGUGAAAUUUCCUGGUCUGUCAACUCUAAAUCCAUCUGGCUCGAGCAGAGGGAAGGAAAGAAAGAGCAGGAAGUCCAUAUUUGGCAACAAUCCUGGAAGGCUGAGCCCAGGGGAGCCUGCAAUGCUUGCCAAAGCAUCUGGAAAAGGUGCCUUUGAUAGUGCGCGACAGACCUGGGAAGAAGCUUGUUCACCUGCAUUUAGCCCCACAACUUCUCUGAGCUCUAUAAUAAGGACACCUAGAUGUUACCAUAUCUCCUCUUUGAAUGAAAAUGCUGCCAAGCGCUUGUGCAGACGAUAUUCUCAGAAGUUAAUACAGCACACCACCUGCCAGCUUCUGAGGACAUACCCAGCUGCUACCCGCAUUGACUCAUCCAAUCCUCAUCCCCUUCUCUUCUGGCUCCAUGGGGUACAGCUAGUGGCAUUGAACUACCAAACUGAUGAUCUUCCCCUGCACUUAAAUGCAGCCAUGUUUGAAGCAAAUGGUGGCUGUGGGUAUGUUCUGAAAACACCCGUUUUAUGGGAUAAGAACUGCCCAAUGUAUCAACAUUUCUGUCCUUUGGAACGGGAUUUAGACAAUAUGGAACCAGCUAUUUAUUCAUUGACAAUUGUGUCUGGACAGAACGUUUGUCCUAGCAACAGCACAGGAAGCCCGUGCAUUGAAGUGGAUGUGCUUGGGAUGCCUCUGGAUAGCUGCCACUUCCGCACGAAGCCCAUCCAUCGCAAUACUCUCAAUCCAAUGUGGAAUGAACAGUUCCUUUUCCGGGUGCACUUUGAGGAUCUAGUAUUCCUUCGUUUUGCAGUUGUUGAAAACAAUAGUUCAGCUGUGAUGGCUCAAAGAAUUAUUCCACUGAAGGCUUUAAAAAGAGGGUACCGACAUCUCCAGCUACGGAGCUUACACAAUGAAGCACUAGAAAUCUCAAGUUUGUUUAUUAACAGUCGAAGAAUGGAAGAAAAUCCUUCUGGAAAUGUUGUGCCUGCUUCUUUGCGGUUCAGCACGACAGAGAGGAGAGCAGCUGCAGUGUACAAAGUAACCAUCCAUGGAGUUCCAGGUCCAGAACCUUUUACACUUUUUACUAUAAGGCACGGAACCACAGUGGCUCAGCUUCUGUACCAAGUUUUGGCUACUUCAAAAGGUAUUGGAAGGUAUCCUGCAGACUAUUUUUUGAUGGAAGAGAAAUGCUUUAUAUCUAAAGAAAGAAAUGAGUAUAGGAAGCCACCAUUCCAAAGAGUGCUCGGUCCCGAGGAAGAGCUUGUUCAGCUCUUGAACAGCUGGUUCCCAGAAGAAGGCUAUGUCGGAAGAAUUAUCUUUAAAACGCGGGAGGAAAACUUGAACAGGAGAAAUCUCUUUCAGGAGGAGAAAGACGAUACAAUUACUAGCUCUGAAGAGGACAGUUUCUUUGUUCAAGUUCACGAUGUUUCCCCAGAGCAACCUCGGACAGUCAUCAAAGCUCCUCGCUUCAGUACAGCCCAGGAUGUCAUCCAGCAGACUUUAUGCAAAGCCAAAUAUUCCUACAGUAUUCUCAGCAAUCCCAACCCCAGUGAUUAUGUCCUUUUGGAGGAAGUCACAAAAGAGCAAGCCAGCAAGAAGUCCUCGACACCCAAAACAUCUCAGAGGAUUCUUUCUGACCAAGAGUGUGUGUUUCAGGCUCAGAACAGGUGGAAGGGAGCUGGGAAAUUUAUCCUUAAACUUAAAGAACAAGUCCAAGCAGGCCGAGAUGAUAGAAGAAAAGGCAUUUCAUUUGCUAAUGAACUUAAGAAAUUAACAAAAUCAAGUAAGCAGUACAGGGGCUUUAUAACCCCGCCUUUACAAACUUCUUCAGAAGGUCUCCAAAGUAAAGAUGACAAGACUGCUUGCAGUUUGACUUUCAGUGACACUAUGGAAUAGCCUUCAGAGUUUUGUAUUCAGGGAAUUACAAAUACAAGACACAAAAAGCCACACUGAAGUGGAGAGAAGCAGAGAAAAUGAUGGAGAUGCGCCCACUUCUUCAGCCUCUUCUUUGAGCAGUCCUUCAUUUGUAACUGGAACAUGUUUAAAUAAGAGACAAAUGUUAAUGAGCUGGAGAAACUCAUAGCUGAGGCCCUGGUUCAGGCUUGGCUGCCAGUACAGGCGUAACUUAGAGGCUACCUGAAAUGAUAUGUGCCAGUUCUGUGAAUGGCGAAUGCAAAGUCAUGGGUUUGAGGCUUUGGAAGAAUGCAGAACUUAUUCCUUUUACCUUCAUAUUCACUACCUUUGGAUGGGAGGGUAAAGCAAGCACCUUAUGUUGUCCCUUGCAAAUAAAAACCUGCCCUUUUAGAACAAAAGAUUUUAAGUAAACACCUUAAGGGGAAAUGAAGGCUGUUCUGUGGUGUGUUACAUAGGAUGUAACACAGAGGAUGUUCUGUGGUGUGUUACAUAAAAAUAAUGCACUUUUAAAAGUUCCUUCUAAAUACACACUUUGUGAUUAUAGGCAGGUGUAGAUACAUUGAAACUCACAGAUGUCAGUAUGGUGAACAUAAACAGUUUGAUUUGUCUUCUAAAUAAUGUCAGUGUACAGUAGUCAGAAAACAUAUUUUACUGAUUAGGAACAACAUUUCUUCUUGCAGUGUUAGUGCAUCCUAGUUUUCCUGUUUAAAAAUAAUUAUUUAUUUUAAUAUUCCAAGGUAUGUGCCAUUGUAUAAUGUAUUUAUCAUGCCUUGAUUUACAGAAUUCUACGUAUCUUUACAGAAAAUUCCACUUAUCUUCUCUAAACUGAGAAAUAGGUGUUUAAUUUUAAUAAAAAGUACAUUCAGGAAACACAAUCUGUAUGUUAAUAUCUCAGUUGACCAAAAGUAAAAAUGUUUUGAGGGGGAAAAAUAACUACAAAGUUUUACUUCUGAGUUCUUAAUUUAACCCACCACCUCUCAUCAACAAUGUAGUGUCAAAGUACAAGGGUCUAGUUUGAAAAUAUUUUCACCAUUACUGUAAUUGAUAGACUUAUUUAAAGAAAAUACCCUCCCUUAAACUUAGAUAACAUAGUAUAUUAUUCAGUUUCAUUUUUGGUAUAAAUCUUGCCAUUUCAGUUUACAUAAAAAUACUUGUAAAGAGUUGUAUAUGUUUGCAAAAUCAUGGGCUUUUGAAGUUUUUUUGUCUGUGAGCACUGGCUGUAACUUUUCUUCUUUUUGUUAAUAUACUAUUAAAAGCAAUUUAACAUUACCCAUAUAAAGCACGCAAGAACUGAAAUGGUCACUGGUGUUGCCUUACUCUU